UAGUUUUAGUACUCUGAUGAGCUCAUGUUAAGUAGGAAGUUGUCGGUAGAGUUUACAGGCAGGUGGCAGUGUACUAACUAGAGUUAGGAAGCCACAAACGACAGCAGUUCCCAGGUGCGGCGUUCGGCGCAAAAAUAAAAAUAAAAACUACUGAUCAACCAAUUAAAUAAUUAAACUAAACCAAAACCAUACCAACCCCAUACAAUUAAUUAAAGACAUGCACUACACGAAACAAAUAAUAGUACUCGUACUAUACUACUAUCAGCUUCUAAACGAUACUAAAAAGUAAAUAAAUAAAAUAGCCAUGAGAGUCCAACUUACAUUAACUUAAUUGGUCUAAGCCCAUUCAUUAGAAAAACCAGAGGUUUAUUGCUUUCACCAUUUACAAAUGUUUCCUCUGAACCCUACAUCUGAGGUUCACAUGUUUCCAUUCAUAUUCUUAUAAGACUCUUUUAUGCACCUUAUUCUCACUGUCCCACUUCCCCUGACCCCUCACUCUUCCAUACUAUAGUCCUCAGAUUUUUAGUUUGCACCAUUUCCUAGUGUGCCCGUGUGCCUACAAAUUUUAUUCACUUCCUCCCACUCAGGUCCUUUCUUUUCAAACAUAAAAUACAUAUCUUUCUCUCUCUCUUUGUGUGUUGGUUAUUAGUACAAUUAUACUACUACUAUACUAUGGCUUCUGCUAGUGGAAAUGGUGUCUCUAAUGGCUCUGGCUCUCCUUGCGGGGCAUGCAAGUUCCUCAGAAGAAGGUGUGCUUCUGAUUGUAUCUUUGCACCUUACUUUUGUUCAGAACAGGGCCCUGCUAGAUUUGCAGCCAUACACAAGGUAUUUGGUGCCAGCAACGUUUCAAAGUUGCUUUUGCACAUACCAGCUCAUGAUCGUUGUGAAGCGGUUGUCACAAUCACUUAUGAGGCUCAGGCUCGUAUUAGAGACCCUGUCUAUGGCUGUGUCUCUCACAUUUUUGCCUUACAACAACAGGUGGCACGCUUGCAGGCACAGCUGAUGCAGGUAAAAGCUCAGCUGACUCAGAACCUAGUGGAGUCCAGGAACAUAGAGAAUAAUCAUCAUUUGCAAGGGAAUAAUAACAAUGUUACAGGACAACUAAUGAAUCAUCCAUUUUGUCCCACUUACAUGAAUCCUAUAUCUCCUCAAAGCUCACUUGAAUCAAUUGAUCACAGCAGCAUCAAUGAUGGAAUGAGCAUGCAAGAUAUACAAAGCAGAGAGGAUUUCCAAAUCCAAGCUAAAGAAAGACCAUACAACAACAAUGACUUGGGGGAGCUGCAAGAACUGGCACUAAGGAUGAUGAGGAACUGAUUAAUUAUGACUAGGUUAGCACCAAAGCUAGCCUUUUCAUUUUCUAGAAGGGUGUUCCUUGAUGUUUAGGGGGGGAUGGUCUUUUGCUAGUGUUGUAUAUAUAAUGAGUGUCAUGAAGAAAAACUGGUCAUAACUGAUGAUAAGCCUAAAGUUUAAACUAAGCAUUAGGCUUUUUUCUGUUUGUGGAUUCAAUCCAAAAGAAAAUUAAUUUUUUGCAGCCUAGCUAGCUGAGUCUGUCUCUCUCUUUCUCUAUAUAUAUGCGUGCUUAAUGUUUUUGCUAAAAUUAGCAGUGGUUAAAUUUGAGUCUAGAAAAUAAUGUGGUUUUUGUUAUGUGAACUACAGUAGAGCAUAGAGACAGUCUUAAGCAAAAAUGGCAAAAGGGAAGCCUAAUGAAUAGGGGUUGUCAUAAAUUAUAUAUUAUGCAUUCUUUGCCUGUCAAGCUUAAA